AUGAGGCCCUCAUAUACCUGCACACGGUGCUUAUCCUCUCUGAAGGGCUCGCGCACCCAGCUGCGGCCUGCGCAAGCAUUCCGCCCCUUCGCCCAAAAUGUCGCGUCGCAGCGAAAUCAUUCCACUAAAACUCCGGCGCAACCGAAGUUGGCUUCCCCUCGAAGAGCGCUCUCGACUACGCCUAAUCGCAGUUUCAAUAAGCCGUUCGAACCGUAUGAGUACAUCGAUCCUGAGGGUCAUAAGAGGACCCUUGUCCUGACCGAGGACAACCUUUUCAACUCGUUUACGGACUCGCCUAUACCACAGAUUCGCAAACGAGCGGCUUAUAUGCGCCAGCACGCAUAUUGCCCCCAUCCUGACCACAAGCCAACUCGAGCCCCGAAGAACUCUAUGGAUCUCGAGGCUCGCAAAUCCUCAGAGAAGGGCUCCCCUCCAGCCCACGUAGACUUCGAGUGCCCAGACUGUGGGAUACCGGUAUACUGCUGCGAGGAGCACUGGGCGGACGAUUAUGAGGCACAUUUGGAGGUCUGCGACGUACUGCGCCAGUCAAAUGAGGAUGAUCACGACCUGCGCAGUGGGAGAUUCUUCAAGGAGUUCCAGUUCGCCGAGCCCCAAAUGGAGGAGAUUCUCGUGAACAUGACUAGCUGGGAUACGUACUUGUACACACGAGACUUCGAUGCGCUCAACAAGGACAGGGAGAUGCGACAAGCCACAAAGCUUCUAACAUACCCCAUGACCAUUGCCAGUGUCAUCAACGAACUGAGUCCUUACAACAUCCGCAAGGGUGGCAGAAUGACCCCAGAGGGACUCAAGAGCUUCAGCGCACUGCGACACAGCCUUCAUCCACCACGAACUGGUGGCGAUGACACAUGGAAGAAUGCCCGUAUUGCUCCUCCCUCGGUCCGCCUUUUUAUUCUCGGCGCACGUGCUGAGUCGUCACUGCCACGAGAGACUUGGAUGCAGCUGGCGUACCUUUUCCAUCGCGUACAAUUCUCCCUACACUUCAUUGGCCCCGAGGCUAUGGCGAAUCGCGAGAAGGAGCUGCCUCUGCCUGAGCGCACGCCUCUCAACCCCUUCGGCGCUGUUGUUGAGGACCGCAUAUCGAACGCUAUGAAGAUCAGUACCUUCGUCGAAAAAUACGAGAAUAUCCACAAGACAGGUUAUUUCUACCCAUACGAUCCCUACUUCGACUGCUUCGUUGUAUUCCACCCCGGUUUCGGCAACGCAGCCUCGAUGCACGAGUGGGAGGAGACCAUACCCCUACUCCUUGAGACCAAGGUGCCUAUCAUCGCUACGGGAUACUCGCCGUGGGAUGUCCAGCAGGACAUCGAUCACCUUACAAAGCGCUACGGCAACGAGAUGGAUAUUCUGCUCCAGCCUGGAGAGAACCUGUUCAGGAGUCUGAGGUGGGACUUGAACGAUCUCGACCCACAUGAUGUUACUUGCAGCAACUGGGGCGUGUACGCUUUCCGUGGCAAGCGCUACGAAACUGCAAAGAAAGCUGAGGAAGCAGAGGUGCACAGCGAGAGAACAGCAUAA